AUGGCUUCAAAUUGCCAGAGGAGAGAACAUCUGCUGGCCAAGGAAAGUCUGGAUUAUUUGUCUUCACACAAAAAGGUUUAUAAGAAGUGGCUACAAGAGAAAACAUACCAAAAAAGAGCGGGACGAUUGCUGCUGAUGGGGCUAAUCAGAACAGCAGUGGGGGUGCUGGGGUUUUUGAUUCAUCAGAUAAUUAAGUCUCUCAUCAAAUUGAAAUGGAACCUGGUGGAAAAUUACCUGCAGGUGAGCAAGAGAAAGUCAGAGACACAUCUGACACAUCAACAUCUAAUGAUUGUUGACUCUGUUUCUUCUUUUUUUUUUUUGAAUGGCACUUCUAUUCAACAUCAUUUUAACAUCAAGACAUUUUUAGGGACAUUUCUCUCAUGCAUGCUGGCUGUAGCCUACAGGCUCCUCUGUGAGCCACAAGGUUCCAUGAUCAUCCAUUUGGGUGCUCCCCUGGGUUGUGGCCUGAGCCAGCUGCAGUUGGACACCAUUGGCAUCCACCUCCUGAUCUUCACCAAUAACUCUGAUAGGCACAGUUUCAUUACAGCUGGUGCACGAGCAGGCAUAGCUUCAGUAUUUUGGCCUGCCAUCAGCAGACUCUUGUUCGUUGUAGAAGAGUGGGACAUCAGGCUGGCCUGGCAAAUCUGUUGCUGCUGCUGCUUGGUGACCACUUUCACCAUGCAUCUCUUCUCUUCUUCCCUCUACAGGUUUGUUUACAGGGGUCAUUUUGUAUUUUUGAAGCUGAGAAGAGUUCUGUUAUGGAUUAAGAACUUGCUGGACGUGAACAUCUGGCUGGCCUUCAUUCCAGCCAUCCUCCUUGAAGUGUUUAGAGGUCUUUUAGGAGCUUUAUUUUUUCCCCUAAAUUUAAAGAUGAAUCAAUUACAGAUGCAGUUCUUGAAUUCAAUUCUAAAAUCAUCCCUUAGAAAAACAAGCAACCUUUUGGAGACUGUGCUUAUCUUUAUAAAUAUACAAUAUGGUCCUCCAAAUUAUAUAACAUUUACAGAGAGUAAUGAGGGCAGGUCACAAACUGCUGGAUGGAAAAAUGAAUCUGACCUGCUGGUAUGCAUGACACCUAUUACAGGAUAUCUACUGUACUUCCUUCCUUGCACUCUUGUCUUGAGUGUGAGAAAUUGCCACAUGAGAAACAGCUCAGAAACACAAGUGGGGAGGAUCACCAUGAGCAUAUCUAUGUGUUUCUUCCAGUUAGCUGUUACAAAGAUUUCAGAUGGAAAAAAUUCAAAGGUGUGUCAGACCUCAGUAUUUAAAAUGAAUUCAUGUAGAGGCAAAAUUAUUUUGGCACUGCUGCAAGCUUCGAAUUGCUUCUCAGAUGUGCUGUUUUUUGAGUGUGCAUUCCUUUACUGCAUAAAUCAGCUUAAGAGAGAAAUUUCAGAAACAAGCUGUUUAUCAAGUGUAUGGAUUAGCCCAGAUGGAGUCAGAUAUUCUAAUCAGGCCUUCAAUCAAGGUGCUGUGCUUCCAGUUGAGGGUGGGAAGCAAGGAAUCACAUUGCUUUUUAAAUGUGGGAUUCAUGAAGAAUCUGGAUGCACAUCCCUCUGCAUUGCUUUGACAUUUUGUUUCAUCCUUGGCUUUUGAACAGCAGGUUCUGGGCUUGCCAGCGGCCUGGUUAUUCCUGCACUUCACUUCAGAGCUUUGUAUGGCAGGAUGAUGGGACUGAUCCUUGUUUCCUUAAUUGGUGUCCAAACUAGUAAAUAUGGAAUAUGGAUUGGUAUAGGUCUUGCUGCCAUUGGAGCUAUCUCAUUUUUCAGAGGUGUUUUAAGACAAACCAUCACCCUCACUGUGAUAAUGGUAAGUAUUUCACAAAUGAUCCAGUCCUCCCCACUGGUAGUGCUGGCUGUCAUGCUGGCCAGCAUGGUUGGUGACUUGUUCAAUGUAUCCCUGUAGGGUUCCCUCAUGAAGCUGAAAUACAUUCCCUACUUGGAUGUGGAACCUUUUGCUCAUUACAGGAGAAAAUGGUUGAACCUGGAAUUGUUCUCUGCCAGGGACGUCAUGGAGCCUGGCGUCAGAGCCCUCCACCUGAAGGAAAAUAUUGCCUCCUUGGCUUGACUUCUUGCAAAUACAGCCUUAAGCCUUGGUCUGUUCCCAGUCGUUUGCAGGCCCAAGCCAGAACAUGCAGAGGUGUUCCAGGGAACUAUUAAAAGGCCCAGGCUGCUGAGGCAUAUGCAGAGUUCAUGUAAAUACUGUUGUACUGUACAUACUCUGUACUGUAAGUACUCUGCAUUUUAUAAUGCAGAGCAAACUGGUGUUGGAGGAAGCAAAAAAGUGGAAAGAAAGGCUUAUACUAGGACACUCCAAAGAGAGCUCUUGCAGCACAUAACUCUUAAGAACAAGAUGGCAAAUGCUGUGAACGCCUUAAAAGAGAAGGGUGCUGUUCAACCUCUUGCCCCUAUGAGACCCACGGAAAUCCGAUAUGGACAUGACAUGACCACAGCAGAAAAAUGGCUGUGCAUACUGCUGGAGACAAAUUAUGAGUCUUUGUCCCCAUCUCAUCCUGUCUCCUAUGCGAAGAUAACAGUGGAGAAGCUGCCCAGUCUGUUGCACCCAACCAUGCUGCUAAAUCGCUACACUACAGAUCCCUGGUAUCAGCAACUCUUCAUCAAUCUGGUAAGGCUGAAGCCAACUCUAAAAACAAACAUUUCCUCCAUGAACAAUAUGUUUAACCUGCAGAACCAAAUGUUUGGAGUGAUCAGCAGGAAGGACUUGAUGCCCUUCCUGCUGGAAGAGAGGCUCAGGCUCCAGCUGGCACCACAGAGCCCUGAUGCCCUGAUGAUAAGAAAUGCUCUGCAAAUCAUCCAUCUAAGAGAUAUGGACACGGAUGUUUAUUUAGAUCCCGUUACAGUUCGAAGACCCUGCGUGAGCAGGCAGUUUGGACCAGAUCUGGUCCCUUCCGAGUUGAUCCAGUCUGUGACUGCGAUUCUGUGUCCAGGCGGGCAGGCAGCAGCAGGGCUGAGGCCGCCGGUCAGUCAGAUCGCAGCUGGGAACAGGCACCUCAGCCGGAACGCGCCGCGCUCGCACCUCUUAACUCGCCGCUGUAAAUUGACAGAACGGGGUUACGCUUUGUACCGAGUUACGGCCCAGAGCAGCCUGACGGCAGCCGGGGCUGGCGGAGACCCCCGAGCGAACCGCGCCGCCGGGGCGGGAAGGCGCCACCUGCUCCCGCCCCCCGCUCCGGCAGACGCCGCCCGCCGCCUCCCGGCGCCUGGGCCGCGGCCCCCGCCGGGCCGGAGCUGCCGCCGGCCGCCCGCGGCGGCGCCGGGCGGGCCCCUCCGGCGGAGGCGGCAGCGGCAGCGCCGGCGGCGGCCGCCAGAUGCCGCCCUGCCCAACGCCUUGGCGGCUGCGGCUGCCGCCCCGCGCCCGCCCUGCGCGGCCGCCCGCGGAGCGCCCUCCCCGCCGCCCGCGCCCGGCCGCCGCCGUGUCGCCUUCCCGGGGCGCGACCCCCCCCGCCGCUUUCCGCAGGAGGCUCCCUGUCCAGCUCCACUCACAGAAGCUCGGAAUUGUCAUGGUUGGAAGGAGCCUCUGGAGGGCAUCCAGUCGAAACCCCCCUGCCAAGGAGCGUCCUGUAGAGCAGGUGACACAGGAAGGCGUCCGGGGGAGUUUUGA